AUGAUUUCUAAUAAUAAUAGAUUAUAUAUUUUAGUCUCGAUUUAUCAUUCUUUUACACAUUUAUUUCAUAGAUUUUCAAAUUCAACAGAAGAAUCCGAGAAUUUAAAUUGUUUAAAUAUUGACCAGUCUGAUAUCGAGGCAUAUUUUAAGGCGAACAUUAUUUUACAGUAUGGAAUCCUGGGAUAUGUGGGAUUUCCAUUUAAAGUAUUACAAUACGACAAUGUAAAAAACAUUUUCAUAAUUGAAACUAAUAACGAUUGUUUGACAAAGUUACAUCUAAUUAUUUCAAACCAGUUUCCUGCACAGUGCCCAGUAGAUUUUUCAACCAACAUACUAAAUUCAAAAAUGCAAUAUAAAUUUAAAAUACUGAAAUUUAAUAACAGCUUAUCAUCAUUAAUUCAUGAUGAUUUUGUUCUCAACACAUCUUAA